GGGCCACUAGAUCACAAAGAAGGAGCUGCAUCUGUGCAUGUGGGGACAUCUCAGACUCCUGCCUAUUAUCCUUAUGAAUACACAUUUGGACAAUAUCCUUAUGACAGAUAUGGUUAUUCCUGCUCAGACGGCGCUUCGCGUCGUAAAAACGCCACCCGAGAGACCACCAGCACCCUGAAGGCUUGGCUGCAGGAGCACCAGAAGAACCCCUACCCCACUAAAGGGGAGAAAAUAAUGCUUGCCAUCAUCACCAGAAUGACGCUUACGCAAGUGUCUACGUGGUUUGCAAAUGCACGCAGGAGAUUGAAAAAGGAGAACAAGGUGACGUGGUCACCGCGGGCUUGUAAAAGCUCAGAUGACCGAGGCUGUGAAGAUGACAGUGAUGAAGCUGAGAAGCCACUUAAAAGUGACAAGGAGCUUCCUGAGCAACAGUGCGCAGACCUGCAGAGUGAUCUUGAGGACUUUGAUCUGCUGGAGUCUGAUGCUUCUGACUGUGAUCCGAAGCCACAGUUUCUACCUGAGGACAAUGAAGUGAACCCAAACACAGAGCUACCCCACGUGCAUCUCGCACACAACCCAGAUACACU